AGCAAGGUGAAGUGUGUGUGAGAAUUUGAAAAUUUGAAUUGAAUUGAAUUACGAUCUGAAAAAGAAAAGGGAAGGAAUUAAAUUUAAAAUUAGAUGAGAUGUAGAAUAUAGAAUAAUGAAAAUAUUUGAAACCAAGUUAAGUUGAGUUGAGUUCCCUCUCUCCCUCUCUCUGUCGCGUAAUAAACCCUAACAUGACGACGACAACACCAGUGGUUGCCGGCCGGGAACUCUCAAACCCACCCUCCGACGGCAUCUCCAACCUUCGUUUCUCCAAUCACACCGAUCUCCUUCUCGUCUCUUCUUGGGACAAGACCGUGCGGUUGUACGAUGCCAGCGCUAAUGUGCUCAGAGGAGAGUUCAUACACGGCGGACCCGUCCUUGACUGUUGCUUCCACGACGACUCCUCCGGCUUCAGUGUCGCCGCCGACAACACUGUCAGGCGACUCGUUUUCAACACUAGCCAGGAGGAUAUUUUGGGAAAACAUGAUGCUCCCGUUCGUUGUGUCGAGUACUCCUAUGCAGCAGGACAAUUGAUCACUGGUAGUUGGGACAAAACCCUAAAAUGUUGGGAUCCUAGAGGUGCAAGUGGUCAAGAGCGCACUCUUGUUGGGACAUAUCCACAACCUGAGCGUGUGUACUCUCUAUCUCUUGUUGGAAAUAGGCUUGUUGUAGCAACAGCUGGAAGACAUGUUAAUGUUUAUGAUUUGAGGAACAUGUCUCUGCCUGAGCAACGAAGGGAAUCUUCUCUGAAAUAUCAAACCAGAUGUGUGCGCUGUUACCCAAAUGGAACAGGAUAUGCUCUUAGUUCUGUUGAAGGGCGGGUUGCAAUGGAAUUCUUUGACCUCUCUGAGGCUAGCCAAGCAAAGAAGUAUGCUUUUAAGUGUCACAGAAAGUCGGAAGCUGGAAGGGACUUCGUCUAUCCUGUAAAUGCCAUGGCAUUCCACCCCAUAUAUGGUACGUUUGCAACUGGAGGUUGUGAUGGUUAUGUUAAUGUGUGGGACGGAAACAACAAGAAAAGGCUAUACCAGUAUUCAAAAUAUCCAACUAGCAUUGCUGCACUUUCAUUCAGUCGAGAUGGACGCCUCCUGGCUGUUGCAUCAAGUUACACAUUUGAAGAGGGGCCUAAACCCCAUGAAAAAGAUGCUAUCUAUGUUCGCAGUGUAAAUGAGAUAGAGGUCAAGCCAAAACCCAAAGUCUAUCCUAAUCCUGCCGCGUAAUUGAUUCUUGAUAGUAACUUUGAAAAUAUAAUUUUUCUUUUCUGUCAUUGCUACUGUGUACUUUGUUCAUAUAUCUUGUGAACGCUGAAUGUAAACUAAUAUUGUGAAGCACUAAGCUAAUUUCUAGAUACAUGCUGCGUUAAUGUUUUUUUGAA